AUGUUAACAACCGAGGCUCCAGAACAAUUACAGUUCCUACAGUUGCAGCAACAGCAACAACAAACUCAUCCAGCACCUCAAAUGUUUGAUGCUUUCCAUCAGUCACCUCACGGUGAAUUUAAGCCAACUUUCUACAAUCCAUUUGAGGUAAAGCAUAGACGUCGUACCUCUCGUCAACAAUUAAAAGUGCUCGAGAAAGCUUUUAAUGAAAAUCCAAAACCCCAUGCAGCUGUUCGUCAAGCUCUAGCUCAAAAAUUAAGCAUGACUCCACGUGGCGUACAAGUUUGGUUUCAAAACAGGCGUGCAAAAGCCAAGAAACAAAAUCCAAAUGCUGAUGAUUCCUUGGAAAAUUAUUAUUGUGGAACCGCUAAUUCAACAACUGUUUCUCCAAUUACUCCCAACUCUCCUACUACUCCUAGCACCAUCCCUUCUGACACUUCCAAAGAAUAUGAUUUGAUGGUUCAACGUCGCCAAUUCGAACAAUUUGGUCCAAAAUAUAAUACGAAUAAUCAUAAUAAUGACUGGAUGCAUUCAAAUCUUUCCUCCGCUACAACCGUUGGUUCUGAUUACAUUUACGACCAUAUUAUUCCACUUUCUACUCCUGCAUCGGCAGUCACUAUCUCUGAUUGUUUCACUGAAUAUACUUAUAGUCCUGUUAGUUCUGUGAUUAGUGAUAAUAAGGAUGGUAAUGGUAGCAUCGCAUCGUCAAGUGAUUCGUUGAAUCCUACAGCUUAUGCACGCCGCAAUUCGUGUCCUGAAUUGAUGGCCUCUAUUCUGAAUUUGAAACUUGGUGGACCUCCUGACGAAAAACGAUCUUUAUCUACAAUCAUUGAAGAUGAAGCCUUGUCCAAUGAUCCUUCUAUGCAUCAAUUCUUAGCUGUUCCUACUCAGUUCAAAAGACGUUUCUCCGAACCAAUUAAUAGCACUGCUAAUCAUAAUCAUCAUCAUAAUUUAAAAGAACGUCCAAUGUGGAAUUUUCAAUUAGAUUUCAAACAACAAACAAAAUUGCCAAUUAACUCCACCAUGGGUUUAAAGAAUGCCGAUGCUAUUAACGUCACUCAUUGGAAUACUUUACCAUCAUCAAACGUUGACAACUCCACAAUCAAUUCAAAUAUGACUAUUCCUAUUACUGAUGACAUGAGUUUUAUGCAUCAUUACUAUGAAACUUCAAAUGAUCAAGUCGUAGAAGAUGAAGAAGACGGAGAUCUCUACCAACAGUAUAUAGAUGAUACAAUAAUCUUACCAGAAACAUUUAAUGAGAGCUAUGAAGGCGAGUCGUUAGAUUUUUUGGUGGUUGGUGAUUGGGGUUCAGCUGGUAAAAAAGAUAAAAAUAGUAAAAACACUACACAAAUCAAUGUUGCAAAGUCAAUGGAACAUUUUGCAACUAUGCACGACAGUAAAUUUAUUGUGAACGUAGGUGAUAAUUUUUACAAGAGGUUUAAAAAUGAUUAUCAAGGAAUAAAUAGUGUAGAUGAUCCUAAAUGGGAGGAGAUUUGGCUAAAUGUAUAUAAUGGACCUAAAUUAUCAAAGCUUACUUGGUACAGUGUUGCUGGUAACCAUGAUUGGUAUUCAAAUAUAACAGCUCAGGUAGAUUAUAGUUUAAACAAAAAUUCCAGAUUUUUUCUUCCGUCAUUAUUUUAUGUGCGUCGAUCAGCAUUUGGUAAAGAACCUUUUAAAAAGACCGAAAUAGCAUGGAUUCACAUAGAUACAAAUGUUUUUGCAUAUGACGUGGAUGAAAUUGUUGAAGAAAAAAUGCAAGGCUUGAAAACCAAUUUGCUUGCUUUUGGGUGGCAUAAAAAAAAAGUGAUUGAAAAAAAAUUUAAAUGGAUUGAAGAUCGAUUAAUUGAAAAUCAAGACGCAAAAUGGAUCUUUGUUGUUGGGCAUCAUUCACUUAUCGGAUCAUGUUCAUCGCAAAAAAAUUUGCCAAGACUAUUAAAAUUACUUGAACAUUAUAGAGUAAGUGCUUAUUUUUCAGGGCAUAACCACGUACUACAAUACAAAUCACCUGACGAAACGUCGCCCUUUGCAAAAUUUGUUUCUGGUGCUGGAUCAAAAUUUGGUUAUGGGUGCGACGAGAGUGAUUGGAUGGCGACGAGAGGAACUGUCGGAUUUUUACACGUUAAAGUUACAAAUAAUGAUUUACAAUUUGAAUUUAUAGAUUCUACUAAUGCUACUAGAAUUAAAAAAAAUAAUAUUGGUGAUAAUAAAAGUAGAUUUAAAUUAUGUAAAUAUUAUGUUAGUAUUAGUAUUAAUAAUGGAAAUGGAUAG